CCUCCCGCGGGGACGGGGCGGGGAGGGCUGGGGGUGGGGUUAGAAAGAGGGACUCGAGCGGGAUCCAAACUUCCGGUGCCUGCAGAGCUCGGAGCGGCGGAGGCACAGACCGAGGCUGCACCGGCAGAGGCUGCGGGGCGGACGCGCGUGCCGGCGCAGCCAUGGUGAAGAUUAGCUUCCAGCCCGCCGUGGCUGGCAUCAAGGGCGACAAGGCUGACAAGGCGUCGGCGUCGGCUCCUGCGCCGGCCUCGGCCACCGAGAUCCUGCUGACGCCGGCUAGGGAGGAGCAGCCCCCACAACAUCGAUCCAAGAGGGGGGGCUCAGUGGGCGGCGUGUGCUACCUGUCGAUGGGCAUGGUCGUGCUGCUCAUGGGCCUGGUGUUCGCCUCCGUCUACAUCUACAGAUACUUCUUCCUUGCGCAGCUGGCCCGAGAUAACUUCUUCCGCUGUGGUGUGCUGUAUGAGGACUCCCUGUCCCCCCAAGCCCGGACUCAGAUGGAGCUGGAAGAGGAUGUGAAAAUCUACCUCGACGAGAACUACGAGCGCAUCAAUGUGCCCGUGCCCCAGUUUGGCGGCGGUGACCCUGCAGACAUCAUCCAUGACUUCCAGCGGGGUCUGACUGCGUACCAUGACAUCUCCCUGGACAAGUGCUACGUCAUCGAGCUCAACACCACCAUCGUGCUGCCCCCUCGCAACUUCUGGGAGCUCCUCAUGAACGUGAAGAGGGGGACCUACCUCCCGCAGACGUACAUCAUCCAGGAGGAGAUGGUGGUCACGGAGCACGUCAGUGACAAAGAGGCCCUGGGGUCCUUCAUCUACCACCUGUGCAACGGGAAAGACACCUACCGGCUCCGGCGCCGGGCAACGCGGAGGCGGAUCAACAAGCGUGGGGCCAAGAACUGCAACGCCAUCCGCCACUUCGAGAACACCUUCGUGGUGGAGACGCUUAUCUGCGGGGUGGUGUGAGGCCCUCCUCCCCCAGAACCCCCUGCCGUCUUCCUCUUUUCUUCUUUCCGGCUGCUCUCUGGCCCUCCUCCUUCCCCCUGCUUAGCUUGUACUUUGGACGCGUUUCUAUAGAGGUGACAUGUCUCUCUGUUCCUCUCCAACCCUGCCCACCUCCCUGUACCAGAGCUGUGAUCUCUCAGCAGUGGGGGGGCCCAUCUCUGCUGACCUCCUGGGUGUGGUGGAGGGAGAGGGGAUGCUGCAAUAUGUUUUCUGUGUCCCACUGUCUUGAAGCUGGGCCUGCCAAAGCCUGGGCCCACAGCUGCACUGGCAGCCCAAGGGGAAGGACCAGUUGGGGCAGCCGGGCAUGUGAGGCCCUGGGCAAGGGGAUAGGGCUGGGGGUGUGCGGCAUAGGCUUCAGAAGUAUCUGCACAAUUAGAAAAGUCCCCAGAAGCUUUUUCUUGGAGGGUACACUUUCUUCACUGUCCCUAUUCCUAGACCUGGGGCUUGAGCUGAGGAUGGGAUGAUGUGCCCAGGGAGGGACCCACGAGAGCACAAGGGAAGGUGGCCACCUGGGGGUGUCCCGGGGACUCUUGUCAGUGCCUUCAGCCCACCAGCAGGAGCUUGGAGUUUGGGGAGUGGGGAUGAGUCCGUCAAGCACAACCGUUCUCUGAGUGGAACCAAAGAAGCAAGGAGCUAGGACCCCCAGUGCCUCCCCCCAGGAGCACAAGCAGGGUCCCCUCAGUCAAGGCAGUGGGAUGGGCCGCUGAGGAACGGGGCAGGCAAGGUCACUGCUCAGUCAUGUCCACGGGCGAUGAGCCGUGGGUUCUGCUGAGUGGGUGGAGCUCAUUGCUUUCUCCAAGCUUGGAACUGUUUUGAAAGAUAACACGGAGGGAAAGGGAGAGCCACCUGGUACUUGUCCACCCUGCCUCCUCUGUUCUGAAAUUCCAUCCCCCUCAGCUUAGGGGAAUGCAACUUUUUCCCUUUCCUUCUCACUUUUGCAUGUUUUUACUGAUCAUUCGAUAUGCUAACCGUUCUCAGCCCUGAGCCUUGGAGAGGAGGGCUGUAACACCUUCAGUCAGUCUCUGGGGAUGAAACUCUUAAAUGCUUUGUAUAUUUUCUCAAUUAGAUCUCUUUUCAGAAGUGUCUAUAGAACAAUAAAAAUCUUUUACUUCUGA